AGCGGGCAUACCGAAAUCGUUUUGUUUUCGAAAGCCUCUUGCAUUUAAAGGCGUGUACAUUUGACUCUUAUAGUCAAUUAACUGCGCAUUGUCUACGGGUGGCCGCCUGGGAUUUGUUUUUGGCUCAGAAAAGAGUGUAAUUAAUUCGACUUUCGCACUAGCUCGCGCGCUAACGGGCGCUCGGUCUCGCACCAAGGUCUGGAGGCCGCGCGCUCCUGGACUUUGCUACAAGCUAGCUGGCUAACAUUAGCGAGCACGUUUUCUUUCUCAACGAUUCUGUCUGUUACGCUGUAAAUACAAAACACACUGCGGAUGUGUGUGCUGGCUAACGUGUUUUGGAUACUUAAGUCGAUAAUUAGGCUGCGAGUUUAAGCGAAUUUAUUUGAGCCAACGUUGCAUCGACGAGGCUCUUGUUUUACUGUGUUGUGCACUUUGUCGCUAGCUGUAGCUACCGUAAGCUAUCUCCAGCUAGCCGCCGCCGACUGAACAACGCAGACGCUGAACGCGUAGCAGCCAUCGACUCGAAAAUGUCGGACUUCGACGAAUUCGAAAGACAGCUCACUGAAAACAAACAAGGCGUAAAUAAGCGCUAUGUUCCUGCAGCUGAAAGGGACAAAGAAAACCGUCACCACCGUCGGUCCUCCUCCCGCAGCCGUAGCAGAGAGAGAAAAAGGAGGAGCAGAGACAGGGACAGACGCAGCAAGGACCGUCGUGGUGACAGUAAGGAUGAACGCAGACACAGACGCACGCUUGCGGUUGAGAGCAAGUCCCUCCCAGAACCCCCAAACCUGGGCUCACCAGCAGCCCCUUUCCCCCAGGAAACUGCUCCAAGUCGCUCACCACACCGUGAGAAGAAGAAGAACAAGGUGAAGAAGUACUGGGAUGUCCCUCCACCUGGGUUUGAACACAUCACUCCCAUGCAGUACAAAGCCAUGCAAGCUGCAGGACAGAUCCCAGCCACAGCCCUGCUGCCGACCAUGACUCCAGAUGGCUUGGCUGUUACUCCCAGCCCCGUACCUGUAGUGGGCAGCCAGAUGACCCGGCAGGCCCGCCGGCUCUACGUUGGCAACAUACCCUUUGGUAUCACAGAGGAGUCAAUGAUGGACUUCUUCAAUGCCCAGAUGCGUUUGGGUGGUCUUACUCAGGCCCCUGGAAACCCUGUCCUUGCAGUACAAAUAAACCAGGAUAAGAAUUUUGCCUUUCUUGAGUUCCGUUCAGUGGACGAAACAACACAGGCAAUGGCCUUUGAUGGUAUAAUCUUUCAAGGCCAGAGUCUCAAGAUUCGUCGUCCCCAUGAUUACCAGCCCUUGCCGGGCAUGAGCGAGAACCCCAGUGUCUAUGUGCCUGGUACACAGCCAAUUAAUGGUGUAGUGUCUACUGUGGUGCCUGACUCGGCUCACAAGCUCUUCAUUGGGGGCUUGCCCAACUACCUGAAUGACGACCAGGUGAAGGAACUCUUGACGUCAUUUGGGCCUCUGAAGGCUUUCAACUUGGUAAAGGACAGUGCUACUGGCUUAUCUAAAGGAUAUGCCUUUUGUGAAUAUGUGGAUGUCAACCUGAAUGACCAGGCUAUUGCAGGGCUGAAUGGCAUGCAGCUGGGAGACAAGAAGCUCCUGGUGCAGAGAGCCAGUGUGGGAUCCAAGAACGCCACUCUGACGAGUAUCAAUCAGACCCCCGUGACGCUGCAGGUGCCGGGUAUGAACAGCUCAGUGACUCAAAUGGGUGGCCUGCCCACUGAGGUGCUGUGUCUGAUGAACAUGGUGGCACCAGAAGAGCUGCUGGAUGAUGAAGAAUAUGAGGAGAUUGUAGAGGAUGUGAAGGACGAGUGCAGCAAGUACGGCCAAGUCAAGAGCAUUGAGAUCCCGCGACCUGUGGACGGCCUGGAGGUGCCUGGCACUGGCAAGAUCUUUGUGGAGUUCAUGUCCGUGUUUGACUCCCAGAAGGCGAUGCAGGGUCUGACAGGAAGAAAGUUUGCCAACAGGGUGGUGGUGACCAAAUACUGCGAUCCAGAUGCUUAUCACCGUCGAGACUUCUGGUAGAGAAGGCUUGAAGAGAAGAUUUGUGGGGGGGGUGGGGAGGGAGGGAACAUGUAUUGUCAAUUUUCAAAUCAGCCCCCUGAUUGAUUUGGCAGAGCAACGUUUCAGGUAGAUCUGAGAGUAUUAACCAUUUGACAAAUGGCUUUGGUGAUAUCCAAUUAAUCAUUUCAGAUCUAUGUGAAAUGUCCAGCAGUUGAAACAAUUUUUCAGAAUUGGAGAAGAGUGGGGAGUGUUUAUAUGGAGUCCAUAACGGAGGGGGCUAGGUUUGUGUGGUAAGGUUGUAGCUGGGGAAGAUUUUUUGAGUAAUGUGUGUAAUAAUGGGUCCAGGAUGGGGUCAACAAUUUUUAUACUUUGAGAGACAGGAAUGUCAUUUUGGGUGGGAGGGGGGUACCACACUUUACGGUUUGUAUUUAAAUGGAGGCAGCCUGUUUUAAGUACAUUAGGAAGAAGUUGCAGCCGGGAACUAACUGGACUUUUCUGAUGGAGAAGAGGGAUUAUGAAAACAGGAGUGUUUAUUUGUGAGCGGGAGAUGUGGGCAGAGGAAGAUGAGGGCAUUUUAGUUUGACCAUCUAAUUUAGAUACACAAUAGCUGUAACAUCCACUUCCGUUUGGCCAGCAUCAUUAGAACGGUGGAGAAGUUUUCAUUUUACUUUUUGAUUUGAGUAAUUCUGUUGCGUUCCUUCCAUUUUUAUCAGACUACUGCCCCCCUCAGGACGACUGUUAGAGAAUAUGUUGUCUCGUGGGACUCUUAUCUAAAUGUCAACUGUAAUUGUUCCAAAACUGUGUUUAGCGUCACUGAUUUGAGCUGUAAUAUCACUUAUAUUCAGGCCGCAGAAUAACGAGCGGCGCAAAAGAACAUGUUCAACGACAGCGUGUUGAGUUCCUUCUUCCUGUAACUUUAGUUCACUCUCGUGUGCUCAGCUUUUAACAGGUGAGGCUGUUUGCUCAGCACUUCAGUCCGGAUUUAAUUGGAGAAAAUAAUACAAAGUAUGAUAGGAGAGGCAAACAUAUUGGUCUUUAAUAGAGGAUUUUUAUCUUCCUUACCAAAAAGCCUUAAUAUAAAUGUCAAUUCGCUAAAGAAAUAAAUUUGGCUUGCCCCUCGACCAAUGAUGUCGCUGCGUUAAUAAAUGUCACCAUCUUGUCCUUCAGCCUUGCAUCACUAGUUCUCGUCUAUCCUUGUUUCCCCGCAGAUUGGAGUGAGCGAUGUGUUGGAUCCGGUUGUUUUUGUGUGUGAAGCGUCUCGCCUCUUUAAUAAGACCAAAUAAACACAUGACGAACACCCUUGACUCAUGUUCUACCGCAAGGUGAAACCAAAACACACAACUUCUAUCACUUCUGUCAACUUCCAGCAUGAUUUGUCUCGAAGAUGGAUAAUAUAAGAUGGACGAGAUAAGAUAAGAUGGCUCGGCCACAAAACUUAAGAUGAAUAUUGUCAUGGCUUUUUUGAGACGUUUGGGCUCUCCGGAGAUUAAUUCAUAAAUAACUGCAGACGAAGCGUCGGUAUCAUAUACCUUACUAAAUUUCAACAAACAGAAUUUCCCAUUUUAGUGUUUCGCUUUCCUGAUUUUAUUAUGUUGUUUGUGAAUUUGUUUUCUAAGAGUAUGUACCCGGUCAGCUUUUCUCAUCUCCAUCUUCUGCCCUGAAAUCUGAAGACCACAUGUUCACACUGCAGCCGGAGACUGCUUUUUUGGGGUUGCUAAAGAUGAAUGCGCUGAAGAAAAGUUUGUCAGUAAUAACUUAUGAGAUGUUACUCCUUAUGUUCUGAACUCUGCUCUCUCAGUGUCUGUCAUUUAAUUUCUUUUCCUCUCUGAAAAAAAAGUGAUUUAAAAUCCUGAAAACCACAUCUAGUUUAUAAAAAGCAAAAAUAGGUCAUUCGUUUGUCCAAUUUGUUUUCAAAUGUUGAUUAAAAACUGAAUUUACAUGA